GAGAUGGACUAUGAUUUGUCGCGGCAGCAAGGGACAUUCAUACAUCCACACCUCAGCACUACCCAGCCCUUCGAGCCAUCUGGCUUAGUUCCUCCACCGCACUCAGUUCCUGUUGCCGACUUGCCAGCGCCUCCAUCCCAAGAUACAGCACAGACUGUGCCCCGGACACAACUGAGUAGUUCCGCCCUUCCCACUGAAAACAUUCCUUUCUACGAUAUGGUACCGGAAGUUACCCUGAAUUCCUGUCCUUGGGGUUAUCCAUGUUGUCAAGGCCACGGCUUGUGUCCUGUCUUACACCCUCUACAAUACCCCACCAACUAUAGCUCCAUUGAUCACUCAAUGUCGGACACAACCCUAUUCACGUCCACCCAAAGCACCGUUUACCAGCAAUCCGCCCAGACAAACCCACCUAUAAGCGCAAAUAUCUACUCAUAUGAAAAUAUCCUGAGAUGCCUAUUGCCGAGCGAACGAUUCAUCUUCGAAGAAAGACUGAAAAACACGUCAUGGAAGGAUAUCCUAACAGAAUACAAUCAACGCUGGACCCCAGUUAACCAUGACACUGCGCUCAUGAAAAGGCUGCAGAAAUUACGGGAGAAAUAUGUUGUCAUCAAUCAAAUCCUGCCAUCAAGGACAGGGACCGCUAAAAGAUCUACUAGAACUACAUUUCGUUACAAAUCAAGAUGAUACUCAUAAGCCAAAACCUAGAUGUUACAGCUUGGUCUGCGCGACGGGCCAGGCGAGAGGAGUCCCAGUUUUGAGCGGUUUGUUUGCAUGGUUGUUUCGCGAACUCGGUUUCCAGUUGCGGGAUUGAAUAGUGUCUUGAAAGUUUACAGGGGCGCUAUUGAGAGUUCAUUUGAGUAUAAUAAAUGUGCGCUUGGGACAAAAAUUGGGCAAUGAACGUACAUAUGAGUGAUAAAUGCUAC